AUGGAGCUACCAAAGCUGAAAUCAAGAAGAACGGGCAAUCGUAGUGCCGUUACCAGACUUUUACGAAAAUUUGCCGAUGCAAAAGAAAGUUCUGAAUUCGACCGAGAGGAGCUGUUAGCCACAUACGAAAAUCUACAACAGAAGAAGAAGUUACUCGACACACUGAAUGAACAAAUUGAGAACGCAUCGGAAACAGAGGAUAUAGAGACGGAAAUCGUAGACACAGAUGAGUAUACUACAAAUUUUGUUACUAAAUUGAGACAUUUUAAGAUAUUCAUAGAUAAGACAUUACAACCUAUUUCCAAUCAACCAUCACAUUCGUCUUAUCAAGUUUUAAAUGUAGACAGUCCACCGUUCAUCCCUACUAGUUCACCCGAAAUUGUACAGACAAGUUAUGUCGCCCCGUCAUUGCCACAGUCAAAUGAUGCCGCUCGAAUUUUAACAGAGACAAGCCAAAUUGCCACAUCAAUUCCCACGUCAAGCUAUGCUCUCCCGUCCGCUAUAUCCAGCAAUCACCGUUUGCCAAAAUUAACUUUGCCUACAUUUAAUGGCAAUAUAUUAGAAUGGCCAAGCUUUUGGGAUUCGUACGAAUCAGUAGUUCAUCACAACCCAACAUUGACAGAUGUUCAAAAGUUUAGUUAUUUGAAGGCCCAAUUAGAAAACGAAGCCGCUCAGACAAUUGCCGGAUUUUCUCUAACUAACGCUAAUUAUACCGAAGCCGUUAAUGUUCUGAUAGAGAGAUUUGGACAGACUCAUAAAAUCACACAAGCACACCUACAAGCACUGCUUGAUAUUACGCCACCCCGAGGUGACCUCAUAAGCCUGAGAAUGUUUUAUGACAAAAUGGAGAGUUUAGUUAGAGGACUUGAAUCGCUUGGACAGACACAGGACUCAUACGGUAAUUUAUUAGUACCGAUUAUAAUCAGCAAACUGCCCGGAGAAAUCAGAAAGCAACUCGCGCGGGAGCAUGGUACGACAAAUUGGUUACUACGAGAUCUUAGAAAAAGUAUACUUAAGGAAAUACAAAUUAUGGAAGCCGGACAAGUUUCACAGACGGAAACUGAUAUUUCGACUUCAACCUUUUUCGCCGGUGCUAAAUCACAAAGAAAACACAACGCAAGUACUAGAAAUGCAAAUCACCAUUUAACAGCUAAGCCGUGCAUUUUCUGCAAAGAUAUUCAUUCACCUGCCAAUUGCCCGAAAAUACGCGAUUUAGAUAAACGCCUCGCUAUCGUUAAACAAAACCAUUUAUGUUUCAACUGCCUCGGUAAACAUCACAUAAAGGAAUGCAAAUCAAAAGGCUCAUGUCGUAACUGCAGUAAAAGACACCACACUAGUUUAUGUAGCGAAGUUAAACACACCGCAGACCCCGAAAAGAGAAGUAACGCUGACACUAGAAAUUCUUUAAACAGUUGUAAUAAGAACGAAACUACGUCAUCUACAUCAACUAUAGUAAAUCUUGUGAAGGACACCGAGAUACAAGAAGAUUCCACGAUUUUACACUCGUCAGCACAAUUUCACUCAAAUGUAUUGUUGAAAACUGCCGUGGCCCCCGUUUGGUCAGAUCGUCAUUGCACUGAUACUAAUAUUUUGUUUGAUGAAGGCGCUCAAAGAUCUUUUGUAACGGAGAGUCUUGCGCGUAAAUUGAAUUUACAGAGAGAAGGAGCCGACAAUAUUCAACUCUCAUCAUUCGGAGAAACCAACGCAAAUGCUAGGCGACUUGAUAAAGCUACAGUUUAUGUUGAAACUGAAACUGGACAUAAAAUCCCAAUACAGGUUUUAAUCGUUCCCAUGAUAGCUACGCCGUUACAGAACCACAUUCGUUACAUUGACAGGAACAAUAACUAUUUGAAAGGACUAAAGCUCGCACAUCCUGUUACGCAACAAGAUACUUUUGAAAUUUCGUUAUUAAUUGGAGCCGAUUUUUAUUGGGAAAUUAUUGAAGAUAAAGUUGUACGCGGAAACGGACCUAUCGCAGUCAAAUCGAAACUAGGAUACUUACUUUCAGGACCGUUACACUCAGGAAAAUCUCAGUACUCAACAACAUCUAGUAUUUUCAAUGUGCUUAUUUCACGUAAAACUGAGGAACACGACUUAGAAGCGUUUUGGAAGCUCGAGGCUAUAGGGAUUGAAUCUCCGGAAGUACACGAAAAAGAGAAUGAUUACAUACGAAAUUACCAAGAAUCUUCAAUUGAGUUUCGAGACCACAAAUAUUACGCAAAGUUACCCUGGAAAACUGACCACGAUGAGUUACCAUUAAACUAUGCUGUAACAAAGAAAAGAACAGAAAGCGUAAUAAGAAGACUGCGCCAAGAACCAAAUAUGUUAAAGAAGUACAGCGAUAUCAUAACGGAUCAAGAAAACCGCGGAUUCAUUGAAAGAGUAUAUGAAACUGAACCGAUUCCGAACAAAAUUCACUACAUUCCACAUCAUCCAGUAAAAAAGGACUCAAGCACGACGCCAAUAAGAAUAGUGUAUGAUUGUAGUUGUCGGAUUUCAUCAAACCAUCCCAGUUUGAAUGACUGUCUCAUGAACACUCCGCCGAUACUUAAUGAUUUAACGAAGAUUUUAAUUCGAUUUCGACUCAACCGUUAUGCCAUAUCAACGGACAUUGAAAAAGCCUUUCUACAUGUUGGACUACACGAAGACGACAGGGAUGUCACACGGUUUCUAUGGCUAAGCAAUCCAUCAGAUCCUGAUAGCCAUUUGAUUGAAUACAGAUUUAAAGCUGUACUAUUUGGAGCAACUUGCUCACCUUUCAUUCUGAAUGCCACGUUAUUAAAACAUUUACAGCAAACCAACAAUACAACAACGAAAUUAUUAGAAAGGGACCUGUAUGUUGACAACAUAUUGUCUAGCUUAAAUACAGAAGAUGACGCCAUUGUUUAUUUCAAAGAAGCUCGUACAUUAAUGAACAAAGCCGGUUUUAAUCUGAGAUCUUGGACUUCAAACAGCGAAAAGGUUCGUACAUUAGCAGCAACAGAAAACGUACUCGAUACAGAUGAAGAAACAAAGAUUUUAGGAAUGCGAUGGAACAGCGUAACCGAUGAACUGUUUUACCCAAAACGAGAAAUUCUUAAUUCUUCACAAAUAGUAACUAAGCGUGAAAUUUUGAAACAUUCGUCACGAAUUUAUGACCCUCUCGGACUAUUAAGUCCAGUCACAAUUAGAAAUAAAAUACUUUUACAAGACAUAUGGAAAAGAGGAUUUGACUGGGACCAAAAAGUUGAUGAAGACAUACGUAUUUCAUGGAUGGAUCUUGCCAAAGACGUAGAACAAGUUACACAUGAGGUAUUUAAUAGAUACUUAUUUUCUAAAACUAGUUGUAACUCAACAGAAAAUAAUUUACAUGUAUUUGUUGAUGCUAGUACAAAGGCGUAUGGUGCAGUAGCAUACUUGUGUAACGGAAGUGAUAGUACACUCGUGAUGGCAAAGUCAAGAGUAGCCCCGCUUAAAGAACUUACGUUACCACAACUUGAAUUAAUGGCCGCCGUUAUUGGGGCACGUUUAGUAAAUCACCUUAAAUCAACAUUAGAAUGUUCAAGCAUAACUGUUUGGUCCGACAGCCAGAUAGUCUUACAUUGGUUAAAAUCAACAAAAACGUUAAAACGUUUUAUUACAAAUCGAGUGAACGAGAUAAAUGAUUUGACGUAUUCUCAUAUGUGGAAAUAUUGCCCAACUGACUGUAAUCCAGCCGAUUUGUUAACCCGUGGUAUAACAAGCGAGAGGUAUAAGGAAAGUACAUUAUGGAAAAAAGGACCCAGUUGGCUUACGGACACUUCUAAAUUUCCAAAUACCACAAUUGUAAGCGACGCCUCAUUAUCUGUUUUAAUCAAUGACCAAGAAAACAGUCAAGCGACAAGAGACAUUUCAACUGAUAAAAAUGAAAAUCAACCAGGACUUCACGUUAUUAUGGAGAUAAACCGAUAUGGAUCGUAUAAGAGACUGUUACGUAUAACUGCUUAUGUACAACGUUUCGUUAAUGAAAUAACACGACUAUGUAAAUCUGAGAAAUUACAGGAAGCAUUUUCUUUACAAGGAAUUGAAUGGCGAUUUAUACCGAAACGCGCACCAUGGUUUGGAGGCUGGUGGGAACGUCUCAUUGGUUUAACAAAAACUAGCUUACGAAAGGUACUUGGAAAAUCGCUAAUUGAUUUAGAAACACUUCAAACAGUAACAACGGAGGUUGAAUCUAUUCUCAAUGAUCGACCCUUAACUUACAUUUCUUCAGAUGUAGUGGAUUCGGAACCUCUUACUCCAGCUCAUCUUUUAUACGGACGACGCAUUAAUACACUGCCAUAUCCUCGUGGAGAAGAUAUUGAUAUUGAAAACUAUGAGUUCAUGAACAUUACGAAUUUAGAUAAACGUGCAAAGAGACAAUCGUUAAUAAUUCAACAAUUUUGGAAUCGAUGGAAAUCAGAGUACCUGACUUCUCUCAGAGAAUUUCACCAAAAAACCGGGAAUAAUAAAAGAAGGAUUGAAAUUGGAGACUUAGUACAAAUUCACGAUGAGAAACCUAGAAUUGGAUGGAAAACCGCAAUUGUUGAGGAUUUAGUUAAAGGAAAUGAUGGACAUGUUCGUUCAGCAGUUGUAAGAACUAAGAACGGAAUUACAAAUAGACCAAUUGUAAAGUUAUAUCCGCUCGAAAUCCAUAUAGAGAGUGAAAACACGGACACGGAACAAAAAACAACACACCCGACGAAGAAAGACGAUGUCACAGAACGACAGUUAUCCACCAGAGAAGCAUCUAAACGUGCGAAAGAGAACAUUAAAACAUUUUAUGGACUUUCGAAGUAA